AUGUCCUUAUUCGUACACUCCAGCGAGGAGGAUGACGGUCCUAGCUCUAACCCAAGUAUCCACAGAAAACUACUACAUUCGAAAAACAAGCCAACCACCACCACCACCCCCCCAAAAAAAAAUUUGACAUUUACAGCAUCGACGACUCAAAUCUCACAUCUUUCAGACGUGUUUCAAAGCCUUUUAUCCGUUAACAAACAAACUAUAAUAAUUAUUAAACCCGUAGGCAUAUCGCUACAUUCAACUUGUAACUACACCACCAACGUUCAUGUCAAUAUAGAUCCAUCCUUGUUUAGCAUUUUCAAUAUUUCCCAGGAGGAAGAAGAAGAAGGUGAAGGGGAGGAUGCUGACUACACAGAGGACACAGAGAAGGAAGAGCACGCUGAGCAAGAGGAGUUGCAACUUCGACUAGGAGUUGACAUUGGUUUAAUAGCCGAUUGUUUCACGUCUGUUAUGAACACUAUUAGGUUCGAGUCCGCAGUAACCUGCUAUUUGACGUACAAUGGUGAAGGUCACCCCUUGGUGAUUGAAUUUGAAGAUAACUACAUCUCUGAAAAGCUAGAAUUUUACACUUUUUUCCUUGACAAUGAAGAUACUAUGGGUAUACUAGAUAAUGCGCUGCAGAUAGAUUAUGAAAAUGUUGUUAUGGAAGUCUUGGUAAAAAGUGACGUGCUAACAAACUUACUACAAGACUUGCACCAGAUAGGUACUGAAACGUUGUUUGUUUACUGUGCGAAAAAUGUGCUCAAUUUUAUUAGCAGUGGGCCCAUUGGCGUGUCAAAGUUGAUAUUCCCCAAUGAGAAAACUAUUAUGGAGAAACUAGACAUAAACUCUGCUUAUCAAUAUGUACUAUCGCAGUUUAAUUUCAACGAUUUCAACAAAAUUCUCAAGUCCGUAAAGCUAAGUUCGAGAUGCAAGAUUAUCAAAGAUUUUCAAGGCUUGUUUUCCAUUCAGUUACUUUGCAAAAAUCACCAACAGAGUGGUUAUCUGGGAACUUUGAUAACAAUACAUCUAACGGAAAUGAUGCAUGACGAAUUAAUGAUCAAAUCAAUUAUAGAAGAAGAACAAAACCAAAUUGAACAGAUACAAGCAGUCACUCGUCGGAAACUUGGACUUGGACUUGGCCUUGCUCCUGCUCUUGCUCCUGCUCCUGCUCCUCCUGCUCCUGCUCCUGCUCCUGCUCCUCCUGCUCUUGCUCCCAUAGUGGCCAAUUUAACCCAUGGGCUGUGGAACGGAAAUUUGAUCAACUCAUUCAAGAAAACUAAAUCUUUCGAGAAAUCCGUCAAAAGAAAUGGUUCUACCUCGGCUCACAACAACAACAACAACAACAACGACGACGACGACGACGACGACGCUGCUGUAGUCAAGCGUCACAAAAAUGAGGUUUCAGAGAAAAAAAGUAGCAAACUGGCACAACUACCGUUGUUUCUCUGA